GUGCAUGUGAAUGUUCAACAUAUGGCUUCGACCAGGAUUACACGCUGGAUGCUUGGUGAAGCAUGGUGGUGAAGAUGGUUCGAAUGUGCCUAAUGGAGCCACUGUCAUGGGGCCAAAUCAAAUGGCUGAAUGUGAUGAGAACAGGAGUCCUUCAUCUGCUGCUGCUAUCGACCUGCCUCGGUCAGGACACAGAAGAUUGGCACUAUGAGGAAUGUAAACUUUCUCGCUCUGGUCCUCCUGCUACCAUCGUGGCCAUAGAUGAAGAAAGCCCCAACGGAACAUUGCUGGUGGCGAACAUGCAGAUUAAUGGUGUGGCUGCGGGUCCAAAUCGAACCAUUUCUCUGUCGUUAAGGGACAACAAAGACUACUGGGUGAUCCUUGAUCCUUCCAAACAAGCUCUUUACCUAAACAGCACUGGACGUGUUCUUGAUAGAGAUCUGACUCCUGUAGGAACAACCAUCUUCUCUGGUUUCUCUGGGAAUAAUGGUGCAACAGACAUUGAUGAUGGUCCCAAUGGACAGAUAGAGUAUACAAUCCAGUACAACCCCAAAGACCCGACAGCCAACAGAACCUUUGACAUCCCACUGACAUUGUUUGGCUCCGUGGUUCUCAGAGAGAGACUCAACUAUGAGGAAAUAACACGGUACCUGGUCAUCAUACAGGCAAAUGACCGAGCCCCCAAUCCGAGUGACCGCCUAACAGCCACCACCACCUUAACCGUGGAUGUACUGGACGGGGAUGACUUGGGUCCCAUGUUUUUACCGUGUACACUUGUGGGAAACACCCGUGACUGCAGUCCCAUCACGUACAUGGCUAAUGUUCUGGAGCUGACGGAGCCGAAUAAGGUGAAUCCCCUUAAUGUGACGCCAUCUAUUCAAGCUGUGGACCAAGACAGAAACAUACAGCCUCCGUCUGACAGACCAGGGAUCUUAUACUCCAUCCUCAUUGGUAAACCAGUAUCCUAUGUAGAAUAUUUUGGCUUGAACAGAACCUCAGCCGAGCUCCUGCUGUUAAAGCCCAUUGACAGAGAACUCUACCGCAGAUUUGAUCUGGUUAUCAAGGCUGAGCAAGACAAUGGCCACCCCCUGCCAGCUUUUGCCAACCUCCAAAUUGAAGUUCUGGAUGAAAACAACCAGGCACCCUACUUCCUUGAGACCAGUUACCAUGGAUACAUCAGUGAGGCGUCACCAGUAGGAACGACCGUAUCGACCAACGCCAGCCUGUCGGCACCACUGACUGUCAUAGCUUUGGACAACGAUGUGGAGGAGAGCCGGGAUCCACAGCUUCAGUUCUCGCUGGACAGUUAUUCUCAUGUGUUCUUUGUAUCUGCCACUGGGAUCAGACGAUAUCUCACUCUGUUGCAGCCUAUAGACAGAGAGACUCAGGACUCCUAUACAUUUACGCUGUCAGCAUCAGAUGGCGUACAGCAGAGCGCUCCUGUUUCUGUGACCAUAACAGUUUUGGACGCUAAUGACAACACUCCAACCUUUGCUAACGUCUCUUAUAGUGUCAACCUGUUCACUGACAUGAUGCCUGGAGAAACUGUGUUACAGCUGACAGCAGUGGACAUGGAUUCAGGUGAAAAUGGUUAUGUGACCUAUCGCAUCUUGGCUGGUGACCAGGGACAGUUCCUUAUAGGACGCAGCACUGGGAUAAUCACAGUGGCCCCAGGAGUCGAGCUCACCGUUGGACGACACUACGCUUUGACCGUUGAAGCCACAGACAACGGGCCUUUACCCCACAGAAGGUCAUCCAUUACAACAGUCUAUAUUGAAGUUUUGCCCCCAAACAAUCAAAGUCCUCCCCGCUUCCCGCAGCAACAAUACAACCUUGAGAUCAGUGAAGCUAUGAGGGCUGGGGCCACACUGCUCAAUCUGCAGGCAGUGGAUCGAGAGCGGGACCCCAUAACUUAUCAAAUCCAGAGAGGAGACAUUAAUGGAAAUUUUGCACUGCAACAGAAUUCAGGGUAUUUAAUUCUGGACAAUCCUCUGGACAGGGAGACUAUGGACUAUUAUACCUUGGUGGUCACAGCUUCAGACGGACACCCAAAUGGAACCUCCACUGCAAUGGUGCACAUUGUAGUGACGGAUGUUAAUGACAAUGACCCCGUGUUCAAUUCUUCACUGCCGGUGAACCUCACAGUCAUCGAGGAACAGCAACACGCCUACGUUGGACAGGUCAAGGCAACAGAUCCAGACCUGGGAGCAAAUGGUCAGGUCCAUUACCGUCUCGUCAACCACCAGACUCUGUUUUCCAUCAACGCCAGUGGAAGCAUAUGGACCGCAGUGCCUCUGGACAGAGAGGUAAGACAACACUAUUUCCUCGCGGUGGAGGCCUCAGAUGGGGCCGAGGUCCCUCGGAGAUCCAUAUUAAGACUAUCUGUCACCGUUUUGGAUGUCGACGACAACAGCCCCGUUUUCUCCCAACAGUCUUACGAUGUCAACCUCCCAGAGAACAGCCCAAAGGAUACAGUCAUACUACAAUUAAAGGCAACAGACGCUGACCUCAUCUCCGACCUCACAUAUCAAAUCAGAGCUGAAAGCUUGAAUCCUGAGAUAUCGCAACUAUUCCACAUUGACCCAGUGACAGGGAAGCUGUCAGUUCUUAAGGUUCUGGACUAUGAAGCUCUGAAUGACUCGCAGCGCACGUACACGUUCACCGUAGAGGCUUUGGACAAAAAGGGUAGCAUGCCUCCUGGACUGGCUUUGGUUACUGUCAGAGUAUUGGACAUGAACGACUUUGCUCCAGUGUUCAGCCAGUCUGUGUACAAAGGCAUGGUUGCUCCAAACGUUGUCAAGGGAACCAUCAUAACCACGGUGAUGGCUAAUGACUCUGACCCUGCGGGUACGCCAGCAGGUAUUGUUCGCUACAAGGUGGACCAGGAGGCAUAUCCAUACUCUGCCAGUAUAUUUGAAGUAGAGGAAAAGAUGGGACAUGUGGUUACCAAAGUAAACCUUAAUGAGGAGCCCAACCUAAAGUUCAGUCUGCUGGUGGUGGCCUAUGAUCAUGGUGAGCCUGUGAAGCAGAACACGACUCUGGUUGAAAUCACAGUCCUUCAGCCGUCAAUCAUCCCCGUGUUCACUCAGGAAGAGUACAGGUUUCCACCAGUGAGUGAGGAGGCUGCCAUCGGAACCCUGGUGGGAGUCAUCAUGGCAGCGGCUGUCAAUCAAACAAUCGUGUAUUCCAUCGUUGAAGGCAAUGAUGGAGAUGUGUUCACGCUAAAUAAAACUACAGGGAAGAUUUCCACAGCCAAACCUCUGGAUUACGAAACUAAUUCCAGUUACGUCCUGAAAGUAGAGGCUGAUUCUAUGAGAGUGGUGUCCUCUAACCUUCGAGCUCCCUCAAAAAGUAACACAGCCAAGGUGAUGAUCGAUGUCAAGGAUGAGAAUGACCACCCACCUGUAUUCACCAGGCCUCUUUAUAUCGGAGGAGUUACAGAAGAUGCAAAAACCUUCACCUCAGUCUUGAAAGUCCAGGCUCUGGACAAAGACACCGGUAACUACAGCGCCAUGAUGUAUCAGCUGGUCUUCCCCCCGCCUGUCAGCAAAGACAGCAAAGAUGGAUUUGUCAUCGAGCCGUACAGCGGCGUGGUGAAGACGGCCAUCGUGUACCGCAACAUGAGGAGGUCAUACUUUAAGUUUGAGGUGGUUGCCACAGACAACUAUGGCCAAGGACACAGCAGCAAAGCAGAAAUAGUGGUGUCAGUUGUUAACCAGCUGGACAUGCAGGUGGUCGUGUCAAACGUUCCUCCAACUAACGUGGAGAAAAACAAAGACAAGCUCCUCAGCAUUUUGGAACGCUACGUCCAGGAGCAGGUAGUCGGAGCAAAGGUUGUCAUAGAAACCAUUGGACCCCAUCGGACUAGUGACGGAACGGAGCAGGAAGAUUACUCUAAGUCGGACCUCAUGAUUUAUGCCAUCGACCCGCUGACGAACAGAGCUGUUUCCAGACAAGAGCUCUUCAAGUUUUUAGAUGGAAAGCUUUUGGACAUCAAUAAGGAGUUUCAGUCAUUUCUCCCCCCUGGUGGCCGAAUUCUGGAAAUCAGAACCCCUGAACUGGUGACCAGCGUGAAGAAAGCCGUGCAGAGCGUCGGCUACACCGAGGGGGCACUCCUUGCUCUGGCCAUUAUCAUCAUUAUCUGCUGCGUUCCUGCCAUACUGAUCGUCAUUAUCACCUACAAACAAUUCAAAGAGCGCCAAGCCGAGUGUGCCAAAACGGCUCGGAUCCAGAUGGCUCUGCCAACAGGCAAACCUGGGGGAGGCACCGCUAACAACCUGUAUGAAGAGCUGGGUGACAACGCCAUGCGAGGAUAUGGACAACACGAGACGCAACAACUUCUCCGACCCUCUCUGCUCAGGCCUGAGGAGUUGUCGAUGGAAUCAGGCAUCGAUCCUGGUCAGGAUUAUUACACACAGGAUUAUUACAACUACGACCACGGGUAUGAGCUGCCUCAGUACGGCAGUCGCAGGAAGCUGAUCUCGCCCUCCGGCCUCUACGAUGAAUAUGGAGAGGUGGUGGUCGACGACGACGGCAGCUACUACUACAGCCCACAGGAGUCGGAUGGAGAGCAGGGUAACAGAAAGCGUCGUGUCAAACUGGUGGUGGACCGUGAGUACGAGACCAGCUCCACUGGUGAGGACAGCACGUCAGAAACCCAGCGCAGCCGCUUACCGUCCAUGCACAACAACCACGCCAACGUUAACGGGAGCAUUUACGUGUCCCAGAAUGGCUCCAUCAUCCGCACCCGACGAACGGUAAACGCUUCAGGUCCUACACAGACCACCAGCGCCACGAACAACCUCAAACUCAGCUCACCAAUCUUCAGCUCGCGGCUGACCAAGCACUUUAAAAAACUUGACAAAAUGGCGGCCACGUUAGAGGAAAGGGCGCCGCUGAACACCCCCAGCACAACACCGGAUGGUAGGUGCAACACCCUGCACACCUUCCAAAGCUUCGGGAAGGCCACCUCCACGUCGGCCAUGUCCUCUUGUACAAACACUGACAACAAUAAAAUGCUGAAUGUGUUAAACACUCGACAAUCCAGCGCGUCUUUGGGGUCAAACAGCACCAGUAACACAGGCCCCGAAAGCGUAGCGUCUAAAUCCAACAUGCCAUCCGUGGCGUGUGACCGCACAGAGCGGCCCGAGAGCACAGCGGGGAAAGAAGAGUCAAAAGACGACGAGGCAGAGUCGAAGAUAGACGGCAACACUGACAGUGAAGUCAUCACGAGGGAGCCGCUGGAGUGUCCGAGUGACAGAACGCAGUCGGACGAGGAGGAGCUGUGGAUGGGCCCGUGGAACAGCCUUCACAUACCCAUGACCAAACUCUGACACUACUGCCACUGUGCUUGUUCCUUAUUGCCAAGACCAUUACAUGAUUUCAACAUUCUGUCUAUUAGCUGUAGAGGCAACCGGGGGGAAUUCACAUCAUCCAAAACAGGUGUUUUUAUUUAAAUGAGAAUACACGAGGAGCGUGUAUCAUGACAAAUGCUUAUUCAGCAGUUUAAUCAUCAAAACAUGUUUUGUAACGUCUCAAUAUUCUUCUUUGCUAACUGA